GUAACUCCUGGCGUAGCAUCUCAUUACCGUUGGUUGAACGCCUGAAGCGGUCGAAUAACCAACAUCAUAUUGGCUAGGUGAGAUUAUGUACAAGAUGGGCUGAGGCCACAUGCUGGGAUGCGGCGGUUCAGCAGCACGCAAAUAUAGAGUUGUGGCUGUAAGCCAUUGGUACAGCCGUACGUUUAAGCAAUUCAGCUUCAAGACCAGUGGUCUGCUGGCUCAGAAGCGAGCAUCGUGGGGUUUUCGCAUAUCUGUAGAACCUGCCCGUGUCGGUUCCUCCGCCACAAGAUGUUGCGAACAAUCUCACGCCAUAGUUCCGAGACGGCGGGCGGUAGCUCUCGCACUUUUGGUAAAUCCGAAGAGCACAACAAAUCCAAACCGAGAAUAAUCUCAAAGCGCAAGAUUUCCACCUCGAAACCCAAGGUUACGUUUAAAACUCAGACUUGGAGCGAUUUGGCAUCCAAACCUAGCGCUACACACAAGGCUAGGACCACAACAGUGACCAGGCUCACAUCGCCAGGCUCGAAUGACUCUAGACUUGGGACCAAGCGACAUAGCCGCUUUGGAUCACUCUUCAUAUCUCUUCUGGCAGUCAGUCCCAUGGCGAUCGAAUUUAAUGCAACGAAUCAACAGACUAUCGAAGCUGCUCAGAAGGCUACUACGCAGCCUACACAACCAACACCACCGAAAAAAGCUUAUAUACGGCCAGGCAGCGGUGUGAGGCCUUCAGAGACCUGCAAGACGAAGUGGAAGCGCCUGAAGUACGAGGUUAGGCUAAAAAUGAAGAGUCGAAGUAAAGGGAAUAGACAGGAGAGAGAAAAGUGGACACAGAUAGAAGAGUUGGAGCUAGAGGAACUGAAGGUUGAGGAGAGGGAGAGUUAGAACGAGAGGAGGGAUGACAUGAUGUAGACUUUGCUUCAUAUUGUUUUGCGUACGCGCCGGCCGCAGGCUUUAGUGGAACAACCACAAAAUGCCAGUGUAGCUCGGAUCAAUGUUGAAGGCUACGGCACCCAUAAUGGCGACAGAAGAGGUGGUUCAGGGUGCAUUAAUGGGAUGG